GAAAGUAACUGAUUUUUAGAUUUAACCAUCAGGCAAAAGUAACUUAUAUUAAACCGUAACUAUUCUGUCACCAUCGGCUUAAUAAAUAUUGUCCAUGAUAUACUUAAUUCAGUAAGAAAAAAAUUCGGUUAUGAAGAGGCAGAAGAUAUGCGUUGGCUUGGCGACCCAUAUAUAUUUAUGUCGACAAUUAAUCGAGUGUCAUGUUCAAUGUUUCUAACUUUACAAAUAUUAAUGACAAUAUACAUAUUUAAUGAACAGAAAAAGGUAUGAAGAAUCUUUUUUUCCUUGUAUGAUAAGGAAAAUGAUUCUACGUGCUUAUUUCAGUGUGUAGAUAUAAGUACGUGUUUACAUACACAAACUACUACUAUAAUUUGAUCUUACGUGGCAAUGCUUAUCACUGAUAAAUAUUUCCAUUUUAAUUUCUUCGUGAUUUUAAGUGCAUAGAUCAGGUACAUACAUAUUAAAGAUUGUUAUCAAAUCAACCUUACUCAAGUUGAUAUAAUAAGGAUAGUAGGAGAAUACUGUAUCAAGAACAAUUGAUAUCAGUAUUUUGUUUUGUAUAUAUAGUAAUGCAUCAGAAAAAAAGGAAAUUAGAAGUUAUACGAGCCUUAAUACUUGUUGGUGGAUAUGGAACCAGAUUGCGUCCUCUUACUCUUAGUCGGCCUAAACCAUUGGUUGAAUUUGCCAACAAACCAAUGCUUCUACAUCAAAUAGAAGCUUUAGUAGAAAUGAAUGUAACAGAAGUAAUAUUAGCAGUAUCUUAUAGAGCAGAGGAUAUGGAAAAGGAUUUAGAAGAAGAAGUUAAGAAACUAGGAGUUACUUUAAUAUUUUCUCAUGAACCAGAACCUUUGGGUACUGCCGGUCCACUUGCGCUAGCACGUGAUAUUUUAUGUUCUGGAGACGAACCAUUUUUUGUUUUAAAUUCUGAUAUUAUCUGUGACUUUCCAUUUAAGCAGUUAUAUGAAUAUCAUAAAAACCAUGGUAAAGAAGGUACCAUAGUUGUUACUAAAGUAGAAGAACCAUCAAAGUAUGGUGUUGUUGUAUUUGAUAAAUGUGGUAAAAUAGAACGUUUUGUUGAAAAACCACAAGAAUUCAUCUCAAAUAAAAUAAAUGCAGGUAUGUAUAUAUUUAAUCCAAGCAUAUUAAAAAGAAUAGAGCUAAAACCUAUGAGCAUAGAAAAAGAAGUUUUUCCAUUUAUGGCUGAAGAUAAUGAAUUAUAUGCUAUGGAGUUACCAGGUUUUUGGAUGGAUGUAGGACAACCUAAAGAUUUUCUCAAAGGUAUGUGUAUGUAUCUUACUUCAUUAAGACAAAAGUCUCCUGAAAAACUACAUUCCGGACCUGGAAUAGUGGGAAAUGUUUUAAUAGAUCCUACAGCCAAAAUUGGCAAAGAUUGUAGGAUAGGUCCUAAUGUUACCAUCGGUCCCGGUGUUUCGUUAGCUGAUGGUUGUUGUAUUAAAAGGUCUACUCUUCUUAAGGCAGCUGUAGUAAAAGAACAUGCAUGGCUUGAUGGUUGUAUCGUUGGUUGGCGUAGUGUUGUCGGACGUUGGGUACGAAUGGAAGGUACAACAGUUCUCGGAGAAGACGUAAUAGUCCAGGACGAACUUUAUAUCAAUGGUGGUCAAGUAUUACCACAUAAAAAUAUUUCGAGUUCUGUGCCGGAACCACAAAUUAUCAUGUGAGAAAAGUAGACUUGAAAUUGAUUUUUUUUAGACAAUAAGUGAUAAAAUACAUGAAAUAUCUUCUACUUUGAAAGUUUAUAUUUUUUUAAGUUUUGCAAAUUUUAAAAAAUGUCGCAAAAGUGCAUAUAUAUAUUGACAACAGUAUCACCGAUGUGUGUAACGCAUUUAUUCAAGUUUUAUUGGUAAACCACGUGUAAUUAUUGAAGCUGCUGUCAUGUAUAGUGAGCAUGCUUCUUUUGAUUUUGAUAUUGCUCUCAACAUCUCAGGUUCCGUUGUUACCUUAGCCAUUUUUUUUUGAGAAUCUUUUACAAAUCCUGAUAAUAUAAAAUUUCAUUAUAAGCAAUGUAAAAUUAAUAUCAUAUUUCUAAGUAUGUAUACUGUACAUUUCUUAACAAAAUUUAUUAGCUAAAGCGCAAAUUUAGUUUAAUUUAUAAUCUAAUUUUGUAAUUGUACUAUAUGUUUUCUGUAAUAUAAAUAUGCAAUGAAUUUUGUAUACUAACUAAAAUUGCCUUGGCACCAUGCAUCAAUAUCUACAUGAGACCAUGAUCGUUGGGCGGACGAUGGAAUCCAAGUACUAAUAAAACUUGCUGUCAUUUUAUCAAUGUCGCUAUCUGUUACUUCCCAUUGCAUGCCCAAAACACAUGGACUUAAAAUAUGAUGUAUGAAAAUUAAUACCAAAAAAUUUUACGAUUUUAUAUGUAUGUAUGUGCAUAUGUAUCCUUUAUAUAAAUGCUAUAUAAGUUAACUGCUAUAGAUACUAAGUUACCUGCUAGCUAUCAAAUAUUGAUUGGUUAUACCAUAAGGGGGAAAACGUCCACCUAUAGGAGUCAUUCUGAUACUAUUGCAUCCAAAUAGUAACACGAUUGCCUUUACCUUGAGUUUUUCUAUAUGUUCUCCAGGUAAAUACUGUAUACCACUUCCAUGACCAUUAUACCUUUAAACACAAAGAAUUAUGGAGCUUUUAAAACUAGUUAUCCGAAAAUUAAUAAAUUAAUGCAAUUCUUACAUUAGAAUAUCAUAAUUAACCAAUGCAUCUUCAAACAUGUCUUCUUUUGGCUUUGUAUUGUAUAAGCUUUUCCAGUUUGUUAACCAAUAAUUUAUAAAUAAUUCUAAACGUUUUUCCAUUUUAUAUAAAUCACCAGAAGGAUUAACUAUACAUGUACCAAGAUUAUCUUUUGCUUUAAUUAUUUUACAUCCAUCCUUUAUUGUAUUCUCAUGCUGUUUAAAUAAUGCAUAUGCUACAUAGAUGGAAGAGAAUCGUGUAAUAGGAUUAUUUUUAAGAAUUUCUAUAGACUCAAAUGGUAAAAAGUCCAUAUGCUAAAAAUAAAAGAUGCAUAUAUUAAAUACAUAAAAUAACAAAUUCCAAAAUUCUUAUAAAUUGUUAAAAAUUAUGCAUUUACUUCAUCUAUAAUUAAAACCAAAGUUUUUCUCUUUGCAUUUCGUAAUAUCUGUAAGUCUAAUAAUUUUCCAUAAAUUGAAAGUAUCACAUUUUCUGCCAGUUUUUCGUGAUUGCAAAGAACAUAUUUAACAGCUCGUGCUAUUUCUUCUCUUGUCAAAAAACAUGCACCCAGGCUUAUCUUUUUUAAUAACCACUUAGUACGAGGGCAUAUAUAGUCACUGCAGAAUGUAAAUUUGUAUCUAUUAAAAUAAUUUAACAUGAAUUAAAUUUGGAUUAUCAGUAUAAUGAUAACUUACCAAGAUGGACAAUCUGCUAUUAAUUUAUCAAUUAUUAAUUCCAUAUCUGUUGCAACAUCCAUGUUGUCAAUGAGAUCUGCCAUAAAAAGUAUUCUCCAUUCACGUAACCAUGUGAAUUCUAAUUCAUGAACUGCUGUCUUAAAUAAACUAAUAUAUUUAAGAUUUGUGAAUUUCCACAAAUGAUAACUAUACCUACUGUAUAAAAAGUUAUCUUUGAUACUGCAAAUACCUUCAUUUUAUUAUCUUGCUUCAGGCGCAUCUUCCAAUACAAUUCUUUAUUUGCAUAUGUUGCUGUUAGAUCUGAUUUAUUAUUACCCAAAAUCUCAUGAAUUUCAUUGCAUAUAUCAUACAUAGUAUGUGUCUGUGGUUUUGGUAAAGUUAUACAAAGUGGUUCUAUAAUGCUAUUACCAG